GCCCUCCUCCACUGGGGAAGUCUGUAUGUGAGGAAAGAUUUAUUCUGUGCUGAUAGUGCCAGAACCUGGGGAGCUAGUCGCAAACUGAUGCACUCCGAGGCUUUAGCUGCUGCUGCUGUGAGACCAGAAACUGCUUUUACACCUUCACAAUUCCUGUUUGCACAUGUCAGAGAGCGGCAGAUGGCAUUGCAGAAGGGCUUGGCAGAAGGUGGCACCUCUUCCUCUACUGCCAACAACAACCAGGUGCUUCUGGCUAUCCCUCAAAGAGCUUUUGAGUGCCCAAUCUGCCUGGACACCAUUGAGGAGGAAACCUCCGUGAGCUGGUGUAGACACACCUUCUGCUUUCCUUGCAUACUGGAAUGGUCCUCCAUCAGACCUGUUUGCCCGAUCUGCCAGGAGCACUUCCAAUACUUCUUCCGGAAGGUGGGAGACAAUAACUAUGAGGUGUACUACACCAGCUCCACCAGAUGUAAUCAAGAUCGUCACCACUCUGCAGAAAGGAGGCGGCAUCCUUCUGCAGGCCACCGGCACCACAGAUCUUCCAGCGGAGAGCGCGGCACUAGCCGUGCCAGAGAUGGGGAAAGGGACCGAAUCAGGUCCCGGAGGAGGAACUAUGAUGGUCACAGCAGGGCUCAGCAGGCCCAGAGUUAUGACCUCUCAAGCAGCAGGAGAUGGCAGCACAGCAGGGCUCAGGACAUGGCUUCUGAGCCAUCUCGAGAUUGGCACCGAGCUGCAGGGCACGAGUGGAGUGCCCAAGUCCGCUUGGGGAGGAGAGAGCACCGUCAGUGGGCACAAUGGGAUUCCUCCAGGGAAUCACGGGCAACAAGCAGAAGACUUUGGAGGAGGUCCCACAGUACUUGGCGACAAACACAAAGAGAAGAGCAAAGAAGGAGGGAUCACAAUGAGGGACACCCUGCCAGUCCUGAAUAGGAUGCCCCUGACUUCACUGGGAGGAGUGAGCACCAUCAGCCGGCACAAUGAGUUUCCUCCAGGGAACCCCAGGCAACAAGGGGUUGAUCUUGUAGAUCCCAGUGCAUAUCCCACAGCCCUGACUGGCACAGGGGCAGGUAGAAAUUCUACCAAGAAGUGUACUACUGCAAUGUAGUAUGUCCUGCUACUUGUGUCACAAAUUAUACUACUUUAAACCAAAGUUGGGCCUACUAACAAUUUAAAAAAUAAAGUCAAUUCCAACCAUCGCGCUUGGACCAUAAAAUACCUUCUCCAUCAGAAAAGACAUCCAAAAAUCUAGAGAACCAUGAAGGGUGACCAAGGUUAGGAGGAAAACAGGCUAGAAGGUAGAAGCUAGAAGAAACACCUUGAGCUGGUUUAUUCCUAAAUUAGUAUGUAGUGCUUGGUAUAAACGGUGAAACCCAUGACUUUAUAUAAAAAAUACAGAAAAGGGAUACUGGGAUACUGCUUGAUAGCAAGGCAGCCUAGUUGGACAAACUACCUGGGAAGCUUUUUGUCCCCGUGACCAGAGCUUGUGUGCUCUGUGUGCAAUUCUGAAAGCCCUGUGGUGUCAUCAGAAAGUCAUUGUGACACGUGUGGCAUCAAUCCCUUUAGCAGCAUGGGGCAGCCCUGAAGAUGCUAAGAAUGCCAGCCCUCCUCCAGUGAGGAUAGACAUCAGAAGGUGGGGGAAGGACGUAUCCCCAUCCCGUUGGCUGCCUUCUGAGGGCAUAGAGAGGAUUUCCUGUGCAGCAAUAACAGCAGGACCUGGGGAGCUAGUCCCAAACUGCCACAUUCCCAGGCUUCAGCUGCUGUUGCUGAGAACCAGAAACUGCUUUUACACCUUCACAAUUCCUGUUUGCACAUGUCAGAGAGGUCAGUCACUGCCCUGCCCUUCAGAGACACUUGUGGUGUCACUUGUCUGUCCCAGAAUAGUCCCUGGCCCUUGUGGCAGCUCAAGCACAGCCCCUUGAGGUAGAACGAGCAGCUCUUCAGUGCUUGAUGUGGACAGUUUGCCUGCUGCCUGCAGACUGCAACUCUGGAUUGUGUCUCCAGGGCAGGCCAGGAGCCUCGCGUCUCUUUGGUUUGCAGCGGCAGAUGGCGUUGCAGAAGGGCUUGGCAGAAGGUGGCACCUCUUCCUCUACUGCCAACAACAACCAGGUGCUUCUGGCUAUCCCUCAAAGAGCUUUUGAGUGCCCAAUCUGCCUGGACACCAUUGAGGAGGAAACCUCCGUGAGCUGGUGUAGACACACCUUCUGCUUUCCUUGCAUACUGGAAUGGUCCUCCAUCAGACCUGUUUGCCCGAUCUGCCAGGAGCACUUCCAAUACUUCUUCUGGAAGGUGGGAGACAAUAACUAUGAGGUGUACUACACCAGCUCCACCAGAUGUAAUCAAGAUCGUCACCACUCUGCAGAAAGGAGGCGGCAUCCUUCUGCAGGCCACCGGCACCACAGAUCUUCCAGCGGAGAGCGCGGCACUAGCCGUGCCAGAGAUGGGGAAAGGGACCGAAUCAGGUCCCGGAGGAGGAACUAUGAUGGUCACAGCAGGGCUCAGCAGGCCCAGAGUUAUGACCUCUCAAGCAGCAGGAGAUGGCAGCACAGCAGGGCUCAGGACAUGGCUUCUGAGCCAUCUCGAGAUUGGCACCGAGCUGCAGGGCACGAAUGGAGUGCCCAAGUCCGCUUGGGGAGGAGAGAGCACCGUCAGUGGGCACAAUGGGAUUCCUCCAGGGAAUCACGGGCAACAAGCAGAAGACUUUGGAGGAGGUCCCACAGUACUUGGCGACAAACACAAAGAGAAGAGCAAAGAAGGAGGGAUCACAAUGAGGGACACCCUGCCAGUCCUGAAUAGGAUGCCCCUGACUUCACUGGGAGGAGUGAGCACCAUCAGCCGGCACAAUGAGUUUCCUCCAGGGAACCCCAGGCAACAAGGGGUUGAUCUUGUAGAUCCCAGUGCAUAUCCCACAGCCCUGACUGGCACAGGGGCAGGUAGAAAUUCUACCAAGAAGUGUACUACUGCAAUGUAGUAUGUCCUGCUACUUGUGUCACAAAUUAUACUACUUUAAACCAAAGUUGGGCCUACUAACAAUUUAAAAAAUAAAGUCAAUUCCA